AUGGGAUGCGCGCGCUCGCGCCCGAUCGACCCCGCGACGGGCGCGACGGACGAGCGCGACGUCGUGGAGGAUGACGCGAACGCCGGAGAUGCGGUGGGUGCAUUGGAUCGCGACGUCUCGAGGACGUCUCCGUCGAGCGCGAGCGCGAGCGGACGCGGGCGGGCGACGGGGGGCGUUGAAAAUGCGUUCCUCGAUCGCGCGGUGGCGACGGAGAGCGAUGCGGAGUGGCGACGGGCGAAGGAGCCGACGCCGUGGACGGGACCGGCGACGCCGACGCGCGCGUGCGAGGCGGACGUCGAGACGUUUUACGUCGACGAUGAGGUCAAGCGCACGUUCGGGGGGAUGCCGGUAUAUCCGUGGGAAGGUGAGGCGUGGACGGCGCCGGGGAUAUUGGCCAUCAUCGAGCACGGAUUGACGUGCGCGAACGUGGACGUCAAGCUCGGGAGGCCGUGCACGCUGAAGAUGUCGGAAGAUGAGCAGAUCGAACAUCUGAGGAACGCGAUCGCGGACGUGAUGCAGACGACGCAGUUUGAGUUCGCGAUGCGCGUGUUCGAGGGCGCGGAGACGCCGGCGAGGGAGGCGUGUCGCAGGUUCUUGAGACGUCUGUGCCAGGCCACGCACGGCGGCGUGUACUGCAAGCUGAGGCUGGUGCACAAGACCAAGGCGGCGUGUCUGGCGCACGCGCACGACUCUAAAUAUCUCGGUGCUGCGCUGUAUACGCGGGUAUUUAUGCUGCGAUUCUGCAAGCGAUUCCCACCGCAGUUUGGUUUCGUGCACCCGGAAAUCGACGCGCCGGCGACUCGAACGGAGAUGACGCGUAAGCUAUCGGACACGUUCGACAUGUACAAGGUGUGGCCCGCGAGUGAGGGUCACCCUACCAUGUUGUUCGGGUUCCUCACGAACGAUGGUUUGAAGAAAAUGCUCACCUUGAGCGCCAGGGAUUCUUGGUUUGCGGUGAACCAAAUGUACGAGUACGUCCUCGGCGAUCCGAGCGAAAACCUGAGCGGCAAGCUCCCGCUGUUCAUCAUCGACGUCAAGAAAGUCUCGGUGACGAUGUUUUCGAGGUCUUUCCUCUCCGCCGUGUCCAAGCAGUUCGCAGUCGCUGAAUUUCACCCAGAGCCUUUCGCACACUUCAUCCUCACGAACACGCCGUUCCUGCUCGCCGCGCUCUGGUCCGUGGGAAAACUCCUUCUCACGGAGAGCGCGAGGAACAAGUUCGUCAUCUGUACCGGCGACGCCACGGCGGAGAUUCAAAAAAGAUAUGGCGUGGAGAAGAAACUUCAGCCCGUUGAAUGCGGCGGCGCGGUGAUGGACGCAUUGGUCCGCUCCGAGCAGUGGCUCAGUGUCGUCGCUCACGAAAACGCAGUAAAAGCGAUUACGAAAACGAUGAACACGCGGAAGAGUAUAGAUAUCUCGCGGUUUCCGGGGACAGUGAGUGUAAGUCCUCGGAAACGUGCGAAAAAGUCGGCGAAACUCCCGAAGUUACCGUUCACCACGGGCAUUCGCCCGAUUCCGAUAGCCGCGCUCUCGGUAUCCUUCCUCGUGCGAGCGAUCGAGUUCGCGCUCGUCCUCGCACUCUUAGCACUCAUACUUGGCUCUUCACUCCGUCGGCUCUUCGCCCUCGAUUGGCGAUGA